CGAAAACUUUUAAAGCCUAAUAUCCUAAGCGUGUACAACUCUCUUUAGUUAAAAUUAUUUUUUGAACGGGUACCUGAUCUAAUAAAAAAAAAUGACGCAUACUGAUCAAAUGCAGGUAAACUAUACUCCACAAGAGCUGGAAACGCGCGUAAAACAGGGUCUUCAGAAGCGUAAAAAGUGUGCCUUGUGUACGCAAACAUUUUAUGUCAAUGAACUUCCCGGUGCGAUUACACAUAAAUCUAUUUUAGAGUUACGUCGCAAGUGGGGUGUGGAACUUCCUCGCGGAAAUCGCAUGCCACCCCCCUCUCAGCUCUACAAACGUGAAGAAAUAUGUGUUUUUUGUAUGCAAUUUUUUGAUACAAGUGGAACUAUGCAGUCACAGCAGCAGCUCUUGGCCUCUACUCGCGGCGGUAUAUCCCCAUCCCUUUCUAUGCGCUGAGGAUAUCUAUGACCUAUAUAUUUUGGGGUAGUGUAUCUUAUUUGCUUAUAUAAAAUGAAGGAUAUAGAAAACUUCAUGUCCAUGUAAACCAAGUUCUAAAGCUUUGUUGUACGAUAAUGUACAAUUCAGAGACUCAGACAGGAAUAUACCUAUGGCCAGCUUCCUUUAACCAUUCCUCUGCAACCUAAUUCCUAGAAAAAAAACUGCAAAAACUUGGUUUCCUAUUCGGUACUGUGUGUUGAAGUUUAGUACCACGAUAAAGAAGCCAGUUUUGCCGGUGGUAUAUUAUAUAUAUAUAUAUACAUAUAUUGUUGAGCGAAUUGUUUAAUUUAUCUUUUGUAUUGGAUCAAAAACAUCUGUGAAGAAAUAUUCUUUCGGAUGCGUUAGUGGGAAUACAAUAAAUCUUGAAAAGAGCGUUAAUCAUCUUUUUUACAGAGAAUUAUCCUCGACUAUAUGAAAAAUGAACUCAGAAAGAACACCCUAACUCUCACAACCCUAAACUCUGAUGAAUUUCCCUACAUAUUCGAUGCAUACGUUCCGAGAAAUACCCCUGACGUAACAGGAGUAUCACAGAAGCAGAUCAAAAGCAUGGUAAAUCUUGAAUAGGUUGUCGUAAUAAGGGCACCACGCCGUUAUGAUGAGUGGGAAUAAUAAAAAUAGAACUACACUAAUGUUUCUAUGCAAACGUUUGAACGAGAAGCUUCUUCAGAUUGAUCAAAAGUUGUCUUGUAUUUCCAGAAUUAUAUAUCAUGGUUGUCUGAGUCAGGGUUUACUUUAAGCAUUGGUCAAGGGAUAUAAUGAAAAAUGAUGCGGCGUAAAAUCCACAGCAAUAUUUAUAGUCAUUGCUACCUUCAUGUAAAGAUUAGUUUAAGUUUUUAUUGACCGAAACACAAUCGGUACGAGCGUU